UUCAGCUUUACACUCAGGGCUCCCAAGCUGACUGUUACAGUGUGUCUGUGUGUGCACGCUACAGCAAGAAAGGCUGCAUCUCACGGGUUUGGUGAAACAAAUCUAAAGCACAUUCAUUAUGACUGCUGUCCAUCGUCUGGUCAUCGUGCGGCAUGGAGAGAGCAGCUGGAACCAGGAGAACCGCUUCUGUGGCUGGUUUGAUGCAGAUCUCAGUGAGAAGGGAGUGGAGGAGGCCAAGCGUGGUGCUCUAGCCGUCAAGGAUGCAGGCCUUAAGUUUGACAUUUGCUAUACCUCUGUGCUGAAGCGUGCCAUCAAGACCUUGUGGACCAUCAUGGAAGGCACAGACCAGAUGUGGCUGCCUGUGGUGAGAACUUGGCGCCUGAACGAACGUCACUAUGGUGGAUUGACUGGCUUGAACAAGGCAGAGACGGCAGCCAAACAUGGAGAGGAGCAGGUCAAGAUCUGGAGACGCUCAUUUGACAUCCCACCUCCACCCAUGGAUAAAGACCAUCCUUACCACAAGAUCAUCAGUGAGUCUAGGCGCUAUAAGGGUAUGAAGGAAGGUGAGCUGCCAACCUGUGAGAGUCUGAAGGACACCAUUGCACGUGCCUUGCCUUUCUGGAAUGAGGUCAUUGUCCCUGAUAUCAAAGCCGGCAAGAACGUCCUCAUUGCGGCCCAUGGAAACAGCCUGCGUGGUAUUGUCAAGCACUUAGAGGGUAUGUCUGAUGCAGCUAUAAUGGAGUUAAACUUGCCCACUGGCAUUCCUAUUGUCUAUGAGCUGGACAAGGACCUGAAGCCUGUGAAACCCAUGCAAUUUCUUGGGGAUGAGGAGACUGUGCGCAAGGCCAUGGAGGCUGUGGCUGCACAGGGCAAGGUGAAGAAGUGAGAGCAGACAAGGACACAAAGACUGAACCUACUCAAGAUGCCCCUUCUCAUCCUGUUCAACUCCACUGAACAGCAUUCCACCAUCAGAGCACUCUGACACCCCUUUUCCACCAAACAUGGUAUUGGUUCAUACUGGACUCAGCAGAAAACAUUGUUAAAAGGUUUCCAUUAGUUGUGGCACACUAUAAUAAAACAACAUCGCAUUUGUAGCUUUGAGAACAGUUUCCCCAUUGACAACAAUUCUGAAAAUCCAGAGUUUUUUUGGAUUUAAUAUGGAGUUAAUAUCAGCAUUGCAGCUUCUGUUUAGAUUAUUGCGUCAUUGUUAUUGAUUCAUUAAUUCUCCAACAAUAUUUUACAGACGUGUUAAUGUCUUGAUAUACUGCUGUCUAAAAUGGGUUUCAACUUUUUUUUUUAAUGGUGAAGAACUUGCACCUUGUUAGUGGAAAAGGGUUGUGAUAAUAACCGGAGUCAAAACCACAUCA